AUGACUGUUCUACGUUGGACAGCACUCCUACUACUCGUGAAGUUUUCGAGGCAGUCAGCAUGUGGAGACACUCAUUCGAUGGCAGAUUGUAAUUGUAAACAGAACUUAGUUGGUUGGACUGUUGAUUGUACAGGACUUGGACUCAGUGCUUUACCCGCUGGUAUUCCAGUGAACACCACGCGUCUAUCUGCUAGGUACAACAACAUUCAAUCAAUUGAUGGAGCUUUCGAAGACCUAACUGUACUUAUUCGAUUGCAAUUAGAUAGCAACAGAAUAAAGGUCAAUAAUAACAGAACAUUCAAAGACACAAGGGAACUGCGAGAUCUAGAAAUGCAAAAGCUAAGAACAGAACUUGAGAUGGUGAAGGCUGACGUUUCAAUAGCUAGGACUCAUAGAGGAAAAAUAGCAGAGAAGCUGAAAUCAGUUGCCGCUAUUGUCACGGUGUCGUUGUCGACCGCUGAAAGAGAGAAUUCGAGGACGGUGAGAUCAAGGGAAAAUCAACCCAAAAAAUCUUACGCGGACAUGGCAUCAAAAGUACCGGAAGUGUCAAAAGUGUAG